UUCGCGGCUAGGGCAUAAAGCCGAGCCGCGCCUCCAGCCAUAGACAUCACACGUUCGAGACGCGCAACGCGCUCUUCAAGCACAUCAAGGUCUCCAAGGACGUCAGGAAAAAUUAUCACCCGCCCCCCGACUGCGACUCUGGCAACCUGCAAGGAAGUCUCCUGCACCCGCGCGAUUGGCAUGACGGACAGUCCCACCAACGGCAUCGCCGACGACACCAUCUACCUGGUGAAGGAUGCUCCCGAGCCGGUCAACACCGGUGACGCGGGCAGCCCGUUGAGCUCUUACACUUUCCUGCGCAUUGCUGCCAAAGCCUCUCCUGAUGCAGAGACCGUUGAAGUUUGCGGUGAUCCCGGCGCCAGCCGUUCUUUGAUCGGCCGCCGCUUUAUACGCACUCUCAACCAUGAGAUCGAGCGCCGUAGAGGCAAGGUGAAAGGCAUUGGCAAUGACCGUUUGCGCGUCAGCGAAUGGGCUACUUUCGAUAUGUAUCUUCCUGGCAUGGAGGAUGGCAAGCCCACAUUAUGCAAAUUUACCCGCUCAGCUUGGGUCACCGAUUCUCUUGGAACCAAGCCGACAGCCCAAUUGACAGCUCGUGGGGUCACGAGACCUUCAUCGCCGUCCCGCCCAGCCGCAGUGCCUACCAAAGAACCGACCGCGAUGCCGACCGCGGUGCCAGCCGUGGUGCCAGCGGAAGAUCUGCCUGCAGUACCGGCUGCAGAGCUGACUGCGGUGCCAGCCUUUGUGGCAGAGCCCACAGCUCUGAACGAACCAGCCGUCAAAUCGCCCGGACACGUGAUUUCCACUGAACUCGUCGAUAUUCAACAAAAGGCGGCUCCGAGAAAAAGUUCUUCCGGCCCUCCGGCGCGACGUUCGUCCAGCUCAACGGCUUGCUCAAUUACAUGCGCGACCGCCCACUCGACCACUUGCGCGACUGCCUUACCAACGGCCCAGUCAAACGCAUGCGCAACAGCUCACCCGACCGCCCAGUCAACCUGCCGCACCUGCGGCCAUGUGUUCGCAUCGAGGAACCAGCUUUUCGACCAUUUUCGCACCCACGGCCGCGUAAGGCGUUCCAGAUCCUCUGGCCGCGCCAGUCCUUCUGUCACCCUCAACGGCAACGAUUUAGUCAGGGCUUUGAAGAACUGGAUCAUCAAGAACAGUGGUUGGAGAGGAGGAAAGUCGAUGCAGUUGAACCAGUUGGACCCAAGUCUCUGGAUGGCAAGGAUGGCAAGCAUGGUUCGCCCAGGCUGACUGUCAUCACCUUGCCGAGCGAUGCAUGCGCAGUGAGGGCACUGCGUUUUCCUUUGCGUGCCGGCAUUUGAUACCGGAAGGUAUCGCGCAGGGUGAGGGCUAGGUGCUAUACCCCACCAUUGGU